GGGGGGCGCCGGGGCCGGGGGGCGGCGCUCCGGCCCGGCCCGGCCCCGCCCGAUGUCCAUGAGCGCGAACACCAUGAUCUUCAUGAUUCUGGGGGCGUCGAUCGUGAUGGCCAUCGCGUGCUUGAUGGACAUGAACGCGCUGCUGGACCGAUUCCACAACUACAUCCUCCCGCACCUGCGGGGCGAGGACCGCGUCUGCCACUGCAACUGUGGCCGGCACCACGUCCACUACGUGAUCCCGUACGACGGGGACCAGUCUGUGGUGGACGCCUCGGAGAAUUACUUCGUGACAGACAACGUCACCAAGCAGGAGAUCGACCUAAUGUUGGGGCUGCUACUCGGCUUCUGCAUCAGCUGGUUCCUGGUGUGGAUGGACGGCGUCCUGCACUGCGCCGUGCGCGCCUGGAGGGCCGGCCGGCGCUACGACGGUUCGUGGACCUGGCUGCCCAAGCUGUGCAGCCUGCGGGAGCUGGGCCGGCGGCCACACAGGCCGUUCGAGGAGGCGGCCGGGAACAUGGUGCACGUGAAGCAGAAACUCUACCACAACGGCCACCCGAGCCCGCGGCACCUCUGAGCCGCGCGCAGGACUCGCGGGGCCGCCGGCCACCGCACCCACGCUCACGGGACUGGACGGCCGGCCCAGGCCAGGGCGCCCAAGGCUGUCAGGCGCGUCCGGCGGAAGGU